UGUCUCUGUGUGUGAUCAAGCAGAAGCAGACACUUUUCUUAGAAGCAGAUAGGGGUGACACUGCCAAUGGCAUAACGGGGACCGCUGCACGGGGACACGUGGCGGCCAAGGAUUGCUCUAAGCCAAUACCAUCCUCCUAGGCAAAGCCAGCAGGUGUGCUCAGUAGCAGAGAGAAAACCUGGGAAUGCUUCAGAUCAUGCAUUCAGCAGACAGCUGGAAUCUUGUCAAUCAGGUCCUGAAGAACUAACAGAUGACAACCCAUCUACAGCAGGGGGUUCUAUUGCACCCAGGCUGGAAUUAUCUCAAGGGUGCUACCGGGGUGGACAAUGAACAACAGCACUGCAUGCCAUGAUGAUCACACCCUGGAUAAGUAUUUGUUUCCAUUUGUGUACAGUGUUGUGAUGAUGAUCAGUAUUCCCAUCAACUGCAUAUCCCUCUAUGCAUCUUGCAUUCAGGUGAGGAAAAAGAAUGAGUUAGCAGUCUACAUCUUUAGCCUGUCCCUGGCUGACCUUUUGUACUCCUUGAUUCUGCCUCUGUGGAUUGAUUAUGCCUGGCAUGGAGAUGACUGGAGGCUCUCUGCCUUGCUUUGUCAGAUUUUUGCCUUCCUUACGUAUAUGAAUUUCUACACCAGCACUGCGUUCCUUGCUUGCAUCUCUCUUGACAGGUACCUGGCAUUAGUUCACCCCUUGAAGCUCCAGUACUUGCGCACAAGAAGAUUUUCAUUGAUUGUCAGCAUAAUUGUUUGGCUUCUGGAAAGCAUCUUUAAUUCUGUCAUAUUGGUGAAAAAAGAAGUAUUCAAUGAUCCUUGCAAUUUCACUAAUCAUACAUUAUGCUAUGAUAACUACCCCCUGGAAAGGUGGCAGGCAAACAUAAAUUUAUUCCGGAUAUGCUCAGGGUACCUGGUCCCUUUGAUAAUCAUUUUGUUUUGCUACCAUAAAGUCUACCAAGUAGUGAGGUGUAACCAGGCCACAGUAGAUGAAGAAAAGAAAAAAGUGAAAAAACUUAUUGUGAACAUCACUGUUAGUUUCAUUGUUUGCUUCACUCCUUAUCAUGUUGUACUGCUUAUCCGCAGCAUCAAAGAACCUUCUCCCUCUGACCCACAUCUUUUGUUGCUGCUGUAUAAGGUUUACAGAGUCACACAGGCCUUAACAAGUUUGAAUUGCAUCGCAGAUCCCAUUCUGUACUGCUUUGUGAGUGAAACUGCACGGACAGAGAUAGUGAAUUUGCUCAGGUAUUGCUUGUGCCUACGAAAGCGUGGGGAAGACCAAGUGAAAGGACAUGCUCUGUGCAGUUCUGCUACAAAAAACACUGCACUGGUCACCUACAGAAGUUCCUGUGAAACACAGACGGUCAAAAUUUCCUAA